GGCACCUUGUCGUGGUGCAGGGGCUUAAGUCGCAAGGCAUACUUGACACCUCCCAACCGGUAUGAGCGGUGCUGACUUGCACUGCUUAGGCGGGUUGUCAGAUGCCGUAUGCCUGCGGCAACCAAGAUCUGCCACCUCCUAAUCCAGGGUGUUAUGCGACUCCCGUGCCCAUUGGAUGAUUUGCAGCCAGGAGGUUAAUUCGGCUGUAUUCUAACGGAGCCUUCCCAACACCGGGCCGAAUUGGGAAGUAACGGUGGCCUUACCGCGUCAUGGGGCUCUGGCGCGGCGGACCUUCGUGUUCCCCUAUACAAAUGUAGACCUGACCGCUCACCGCGUUGAGCCAAGGGUCGUAAGAACAAGAUGAUAAACAACAAAGCAACAAACACAACUUCAACAAUAACUACCACAAGGCAACGACCACUGCAAACGGCAAAGGACAAUGGUAAUGACAACAGUACCGGUGCAGAUAAGGUGUGUUCAGGAGCUAAACCUAAGUUUAGCUUCCUGGAUGCCCUAUCGCCAGAGGAUCGUGCGCUAUUUGAAGAGCAUAUCAGGGAGGAUGAUGUCGACAUGCCCUCGAGUAGUAGCGCUCAGCAGACGACAUCCACUGCGGUCGCUGGAAAUGUGACGAACACCACCAUAGCCCCCUCAAACAGGCUAAGCUGCUCGGAUUCUGGAGAAGGUGGUACUCGAAAAAAAAGGAAACGGAGAGGCAAAGUACCCCCCCUACCACCAGCAGGUCAUCCAGGUGGUCAUGAUGACCCUCGUAGGAGGGGAAUGAGCGGUGCCAGCUUUAAAUGGUACCUGAGGCAUCUUCAGGAAGGAAGAUCUCCUGAGGAGGCCGAGCAGAUGGCGCGUAACAGGAUCAGAGGCAGCGCCGCUUCAAAGGCGCGUAAGGCCGGAAAUACCGCAUCCGUUAGCAAACGGAGUAGCGGAACUCGUAUCCGCGAUCCAGUCAACGUCAAUCCAUCCAGUAAUUGCGGAAGCGAAAGGACGGCGCCUCCAAAGACACAUACCAUGAAACGCAAAAGCGAACACAUAACGCCACAGGAGCCACCGAACACUAAACGGCAGAAGGUUAAUUAUGCCCAGGUAGCUGGAGGUGUACUCUCCGCACCUAAUCCUCCACGGGUGGCUGAGGGACAGCGCAGAUGUACGGAUGCCUUAAAAGGUAUACAGAUGGCUGUGCUGCCUUUGAAUUACCCGGUGGAGACUAUGGGGGCAGAGGAGCUUACCGCUCUACAAGAUCUCCUCAUGGAAGAAGUAUACAGGGGGUGUGGGUACCCAGUCUCCUUCCAUGCGGUGCAUUUUAAGGGCGGUAUACUACAGGUGGAUUGCAAGGACGAGAGAAGUGCUGACUGGCUACGGGAGAUCGCCCCCAAGCUGGUAGGCUGGAAGGGCCCCGUCCUAUGCGCAAAGAGGGGAGAAGACAUUCCGCCCAUGCACAGCAUGACGGUGUUUCUCCCCAGGUGUGCCGAUAAGCCAUUUGAAUUUGCUCUAGGGCUCGUCAGGAACCAAAACGAGGGAAUUAAUACCUCGGCCUGGCGAGUGGUGUAUAGCAAAGUUGAGGAUUCUGGGUGGAGGCUGAAUAUCUGUGUUGACGAUGAGUCCUAUAAACUCAUCCGGAAGGAGGGCUUCCGCCUAAACUACCGGUUCAGCUCGGUAGUCAUGAGACCCUACAGGUCCAAGGCUACUAAGGAGAGCGAAAAGGAUGAGAAAAUGCUGGUAAACGAGGAUGCUACGCAAACGAAGGACGGCGUAGAUGAGGACCAGUACCUCAUAAAACAGAUCCUGUAGUCGUCACCGAUGCGAAAGUUGCCCAGGUGAACCUGCAUCACGCGGUGAUAGUAUCCACUGCAGGUUUACAUCGGAUAACCUGGGCAUCCUACUGAGACAGGAGCCAUAGGUCCGCAAAGGAGAGAGUUCCUAACACAGGACCUGGUCGAUGUGCAGGCCAAGGAUAACGAAGGUGCAGACUUCGUCCUGGCAACUGCCUAAUUUUCAGGAGAAACACCAUCUGCACCUACAGAGGCUGUGCAGGGCCUGGUAGACUACUACAGGAGAAAUAUACUGCCCCUGAUUCUGGGUUGCGAUGAAAACGCACGUCACAUAGAAUGGGACAACACGUACUGCAACACACGGGAAGGGAAGUGCUAGACAUCAACCUCAGUAAUGAACUCAUCUCACGGAUCUGAGUGUCAUCAGAACCUUCAAUGCUGGAUCACAGAAUCAUGAGAUUCGGGCUAAAGGUAGAGGUCACGCAACUCCCCCCAAACGAAUUACAAAGAACAGCAAUUGGGUCACAUAUCGGGAUACUUCUCUAGCUCUGGAGAACAGACUGUUCGCUUAUAACAAGGAGUUUAGGUGUGCUAAACAGCAGAAUUUCAGAAAUUUGUAUGAAAACGUUUUCUGCACAGGGCUCUGGCUAAAGGUAAGACUGACGCAGUACUAGCCUUUAAAAGAUGUGACGGAACCUAUACGAUUAGCGCGAAAGAAAUAGCUACGGCACUUCUGUUGGUGCAUUUCCCUGAAACAAUUAUGGUAGCUCAGUGUAUACUUACAGCCGAACACGCUUAGAUUGGGUAGUCGCAAGACAACUGUUUACUGCGGACUUAAUCAAAUAGGCUAUGGCUUCGCGAAAUUGAAGAAUCCGGGGGCGGACGGUAUCUUUCCAGCACUUUUGCAACAGGGAGAGCAGGUUCUACUGCCCUACCAUGUUCGGCUGAUGAGAGAUAGCUUUACGCUGGCGUACAUCGCUGGAUCAUGGAACAACGCGAAAGUGAUCUCUAUACACAAGAGCAUGUCACUGGCGAAAUCCUUCAGGAAAAAGGAUAAAAGGUAUUGUUAUGCGCCUUCAUAGAUAUCGGACGUGCCUUCGACAACACGUUUCAAAAGGAAUGUGGUGGUACCGGUGCGCAGAUGGAUUGAGCACUUACUACACAUCAGAAUAACUGAAACCACAGUAGGGGAUACUUGAAUUCGUGUCUGCACAAGAGGCUGUCCACAGUGUGGAGUACUAUCUGUCAGGGAUAUGCGCAUUUCUGUCUUCGGUAGGAUUUCAACUUUCACAGCUUCAACGACUCGCCUACAUCGCUGUGUCGGCUGCCAUGUGCACAUACCCGACGCCCGCACUUGAAGUCAUGCUGAAGCUCACACCGCUUCACCAAGUAAUGGGCCAGAUAGCCAAACACACACUGCUACAAAUGUGAGCAGAAGGGUUUGGCAGAGGUAAGGUAAAAGCUUCUUAAUCAAAAUACCACUGUCUCUUCUCCCAAAGGACAGCAUUAACAAAAGGGUAAACUUCGUUAAGAAAUUCGAGGUUAACUUUAGCAACAAGGAUAAAAAGAAUUAUUCCGCUCUCGAGCUACUGCUUAGGGAUAGUACUAUUAAGUAAAGAAUGUGGAUCACGCACCAAAUUCUCCAUACCUAUGGGAAGUUUUCCGAGCAUAUUCCAAGCAGAGGUCUGUGCUAUAAGUCGGUGCAUAGAGAUAAAUUUCCAACGCAACGAACGUAUAGUCAUACUCGGCGUUAGUCAAGCGGCACUUAAAGCGAUCUCUGCGUACGAGAACAAAUCGCUACUGGUGCAGAAAUGUAUAGAAUGUAUUGAACACCUGCUAAUUGACUGCAAAGCAGUCUGUAGACAUAGGAUAAAGGCCUUUGGUUUCCAUUGGGAUCACCUAGCAGUAUAUUGGAAUUUAUCAAUAAGCUAGGACUAGACAAUGCUGCUGUUUCAGAAGUGUCGAAAAAUGAAAGUUAAUGCAAAGCUAAUGAAUUCAUACUCUCCCUGUAACAUUCAGCAGUUGGGCUCAGCUCGGCCUAAUCAAAAGUGAUCACAUUCCACUGGUUUCACAUCUUUGAAAAGAAAAAAGGUUGAAAUCGCUUUCAUUUCUCCUGGCCCGUACCAUAAAUCAAGGUGAAAGAUUGUCAAAGUUUAUAUGAAUGAGUUUGCGAUUAAGAUUUUUGAGGAAUAUCGAAAAGCUACGAAACUAUUGGAUCAAAUAUUUUGUUAGUGUCUUUAAAAAAUCAACGCUUGAAAACAAGAUUAACGGAAUGAAAAGUUUUGCAACAAGUUUGCCUGAAAUUUCGGGUUUCCAAUGGAAUCGCGGCAACGAGUUGUUGAAAAUGCUGCAGAAGUGUUUUGUGGAGUCUACACAAAGCAUACAUUGAAGAUCGUGAAGUAAUCGAAAACUUGCCUGAUGCGUUUCGUCCAUCCACCUCUGUUAAUGGCGGUAACAUCGGAAAAGUUAAAGACACAGUGCUUGAAAACCGUUAAGGUCACAUUAGAGAGAUGUCAGAGGAUCUCAACACCUCUUAUGAAUCGGCGCAACUCAUUUUUAUUAAUGUUUAAAGCGUGUUAACUCUAGACACAUACAAAAAAAUUUGAAACUUUUUCAAAAACAACGGAGAGUGCGCAAAAAAGAUGUUUGCUUAGCUGAAGACCCUACAUUCAACAACCACAUCAUUACUAGUGGCGAGACGUGGAUUUAAGAAUAUGAAGUCGAAAUUGUCCAACAAUCUAACAAAUGGCGAUUCAAGAAUGUGCCGAAACCGAAGAAAUCAAAAUUCACUGAAUAUUCCGAAUGUACAGAAGGAACUCCCAGCCGAAGCUUAUAGCAAGUGUAUGGAAAAUAGGAUGAAAUAUUGACAUUCCUGAGUUGAAUCAAAAUAUGCCUAUUUUGAGGGCAACAAUAAAGAUUUGUAUUAAAAUACCUGAAAAUUUAUUUUAUUUUUGAGUCCGGCUCAAAUUUGAUCAAACAGUAUAUUAAAAUAAAAAGUGAUACAGACAACCUGAACAAACUGAAAA